AUGCCUGUCGCCGAGAGCCCUCACAAUGUUCAAACAACGUUGACCUUCAGUAAAGAGAACGAAGACGGUUCUGCUCCACCUCCAAUGUACAUUGGGAAACCGGAAAGCUACAAGAGGCCGACCACUACUCUUCCUGCGACGAUCCAUGAUAUUAGCGGCCAUGAACUCGACUAUACACUUGAUAGUCAUGGAUUCCAAUUCUAUACCCACGAAAGCAAAUUGAAGGAUUUUCUUGAUGAGGAGAGGAUUAGAGCAGAGUACUACCCAGAAACAGAGCAGCUGCUUCACGACGUUACCGGUGCCACUCGGUUCUGCGUCUUUGACCACACCGUCCGUCAAGCCUCACAAGACUGGACGACUGAGAGAGAUGCCCGUGGUCCCGUCCAACGUGUCCACAUCGAUUCGUCUUACGCAGGGGCCGAGGCCAGAGUCCGCUACCAUUUUCCCGAUGAAGCAACAGAGCUUCUCAAACACCGCUACCAGAUGAUCAGCGUCUGGCGUCCGAUCAAGACCAUUCUGAAAGACCCACUGGCGGUCGCAGAUGCACACUCCACGCCAGAAUCGGAUCUUUUCCCUGUCAAGAUUCAUUUCCCGGACCGAGAAGUGGAGGGGUGGGCCGUGAAAGCUGAUCCACAACUCAAGUGGUACUAUCGCUACAAACAACCCCCGGACAUGGUCACUUUGAUCAAACUUUUCGAUUCCAAGCUUGACGGUAGGGCGCGCCGGGUGCCCCAUACUGCUUUUGUGAAUCCUGCGACAGAGCAUGAGGCACCUAGGGCAAGUAUCGAGCUGAGGGCUCUUAUCUUUCAUCCUGAUGACCCUAAUUAA